AUGUCUAAACCUAAUUUACGAUCUGAAUUUGAAGCUGAUCUCAAACUAAUAUGCGAAGGUCGAAAAACAAAAGAAGACGUAUUACGUUAUCAUUUGAAUAAGUACAAAGAAUUAUUUCGUAUAGCCUUGAAUCAAGCUUCGUUAUUGGAUCGAGCAUUAGCUGUUCGAUUAGAACAAGAAGCGGAGAAUGUUCAAAAUAUAUCUGGUAGUGUUGGCGAGAUGGCGUCAUUUGCUUCUAACAAUAUUCCUGGUAGUUAUAGUCAAGACGGUGUUCCCAAUUUAUUUUUCGCUUCUUGUCCUGUAUGCCGUUCAGACUUAGUGCUCCGUCAAAGACGUAAUCCUUUACGUUCCAUAUCAACUAGUUCAAAUCAAUCAGACAAUUCUGGGUCAUUGGAAACUAAUCAAGCAGGCGGUGCUUUUGGUGGGUGGUUCGUUUCAUGUUCUAGUUAUCCAAGCUGUCGGUAUGCCAUUUGGUUUCCUGAAUGUGUUGUUCAUGUUCGUGUUUUACCUGAAUCAAAUGUAAACGCUUGCAGUCAAUGUAGAAAUUAUGUUUCCUCAUCGUUGUUACAUUCUUCGAGUCAACCUGGGCCUUCUAAAUUAGGCUUACGCUUUCGACGUAAUUUCCAUCUGCCCAAUGGUUAUUUUCAAGAGGAUGAUAAUAAUGAGUAUACCACUUGCAUAUUCUGUGAUGAAGAUGUUUGUCGAGUAUUAGGAAUUCGUAUUCCUGCGGUGAACACCGUUGGUGGUACACGAACAAGUCAGUCUAGACAAAUUGUUCCUGAUCAGAGUGUAGUUAAUUCACAAACACAAAGUUUCUCCACUACUACUGUCUCAUCCUCAGCUCCCUUCUCUUCGUCUCUUAUUCAUAAUCAUCAUUUCUCAUCUAGUCCACUAGAUACAAAUAUAAAUUCUAAUCCAUUUCCACUACCUGCAAGUCAUUCAUCUAAUAGUAGUCUCCGUUCAACUAAUUUUCAACCUGUGGAUAAUGAGGACAUUGAUUCAGAAAGCGUACUUUGCAAUUGUGGUAAUCCAGCUAUUCAACUGACUGUUCGGAAACCUGGACCUAAUCAAGGUCGUUUAUUUUACCGAUGUUCUGGAACAUCUGGUAAUUCAUGUGACUUCUUCCUAUGGAAAUCUCAGCCAACUUCAACAAUGGAACAGACUGGUCCUUUAUAUUCCAGUACUCAGGUACCAUCAAGAAAUAAUGAUGUAGAUUUAUGGUCACGUCCUAUAAACACUUUUACUAAUAGUGGUGGUUUUAUGGAUGAUAGAACAUCAGGUGUAGGCUUUACAGAUUCAAAUUCAUCUGGUGUUGUUUGUCGAUGUGGAGAGCCAGCAAAACUGUAAGCAUGUUUUAUAUAUAUUCGCUUCUCUUCUCGUUAGUAAAAAAGUAAAAUAUUAUGCAUAACUUUGUUCAUAUUUAACUACUUAACUAGUAUUAUAUAGCUGGUCAAAUCAUCUUUAUGCCAUCUUGUAGGAAAGCUUUGUAUAUCCUAUUGAUGUCUAUUCUUAUCAGAAGGACAACUGCUGAUUGGUAACUGAAGAUUAACUAAUUUCAUACUGUCUAGUUCACUGGAUUGUAAUAUGUUUAUAGAUCAAGGAGAAGACUGAAGAUCACGAUGCAUUUUGACUAAUUUUAGGUGAUUAAAUACAGUCGAUGCUUACAUUUCUCUAGGACAUUCGUAAUCAAUAAGUUUUGUUGAUUGUUUUGAAUGGGAAACUCUUUCAAUUACUUUGUUGGUUUUCAUGAGUUAUCAAUGAUUUGAAGAAUAAUUACCAAUUAUGUUUUCUUUUAUUAUAAACUAGACUGAUUGUAACUAAACAAUCGGUGAACAAAGGUCGUCAUUUUUAUACAUGUCCAAAUAGUCGACCAGGCAUUGAUACUGGUCAACCAUCUGGCUGUAAUUUCUUCCAAUGGGCAGAUACUACUAACUCAGCACCAGUACAAUCAGAAUCAUCUACAUCAGGAUUUUCAGAUUGGCGAUCUCCUAAUUCACGUAGUUUGUCAGCUGGGUCAAAUUAUAGACAACGAGCCAAUAAUCACAAUUCAGCAUUUAAUACGGAAACGAAUGUAUCUAUUGGACAUGUUCCAUUAUGGCCUCCUCCUGCUUCUAAUAAUUCAAGAGUCUCUAGAUACAAAAGUCGUGGAGUUAAAGAACGUAGUUCUUCAUCAUCUACUGCACCUAGACGCUGUGGUUUAUGUGGAGAACCUGGUCAUACACGUAAUAGAUGCCCACAAACAGCUAGAUAAAUUCUUUUAUGUAAAUAUAUUUAUUGUACAUUCUUCCUACUAUUUUUAUUUUUCUAAAAAUUUUUAUAUUUUCACAUUUUAUGUACAUAAUGUAUCUCCCUCCAUUUUUCUUUUUUUGUUGUUACGGUUUUAUUUUAAUUUUACAGAAGUUAUCGUAAUUAUGAUAUAAAUUUGAGAAAGGAUAUUUUCGUGCAUUGCGCAUUAUUUUGUAAAUAUAUGCACAGAAUAGAAAUAUUUAUAUUUUCCAUGUUCAUGAGAUACUGGGG